AUGGCGACAGUGCGCGUCUGUGUGUGCGGCGACGAAGGUACGGGCAAGUCCAGUCUGAUCACAUCGCUGGUCAAGGACGUCUUUGUCACCAACAAGAUCCAGCCCGUUCUACCACCCAUCUCAAUUCCGCCUACGCUGGGUACGCCGCAGAGCGUCACAACAACCAUCGUCGAUACGUCUGCCCUUCCUCAGGAACGCGACAACCUGCGCAAUGAACUCCGCAAGUCCAAUGUCAUCCUGCUCGUCUACUCGGACCACUAUAGCUAUGAGCGCGUCGCCCUCUUCUGGCUGCCCUACUUCCGUUCCCUGGGCGUCAAUGUCCCCGUCGUCCUUACCGCCAACAAGGCCGACCUGUCCAAGAACAUCUCCACCCAGCAGCUGGUAGACGAAGAGAUGCUCCCCGUCAUGCAAGAAUUCAAGGAGAUUGAUUCCUGCAUCCGCACCAGCGCUCGUGAGCACCACAACAUCAACGAAGUCUUUUUCCUCUGCCAAAAGGCCGUCACCCACCCCAUCGCCCCUAUAUACGACGCCAAAGAGUCUUCUCUCAAACCUGCCGCCAUCUCUGCUCUCAAAACUGUCUUCUACCUGUGCGACAAGGACCAAGAUGGCCUGCUCAACGACGCAGAGAUCCUCGAUUUCCAGCUCAAGUGUUUUGAGAAACCUCUAUCUGAUCAAGACCUCGCCAGCAUCAAGCGCUCCGUCAAUGCCAGCCAAGCUGGCAUCGACAUCGAUGGCUUCAUUCUUCUCAACAAAAUGUUCGCCGAAAAAGGCCGCCACGAGACCAUUUGGAUCAUCCUUCGCAAGUUUCAAUAUACAGACAGCCUGAGUCUCAAGGAUACCUUCCUGCAUCCCAAGUUCGACGUCGCCUCGUCUUCCUCUGCUGAACUAAGUCCGCAAGGCUACCGCUUCUUUGUCGAUCUAUUUCUCUUGCAUGACAAGGACAACGAUGGAGGCCUGAACGACUCUGAACUCGCCGCUUUAUUUGCGCCCGCCCCUGGUCUCCCGCCAUCUUGGAUCGAGUCCGACUUUCCUUCCUGUACCGUCCGUAACGAGGCUGGUCACAUUACUUUGCAAGGCUGGCUAGCACAAUGGAGCAUGACGACGUACGAGGAACCCAAAGUCACGCUGGAAUACCUGGCAUAUCUCGGCUUCGAGAGCCCCCAACGUGGAGGCACGACCGCUGCAUUGAAAGUCACCAAAGCCCGCAAGCGACGCAACAAGCCUGGCCGCGUAGAGCGCAACGUCUUUUUGUGCUAUGUUAUUGGUGCCGGUGGUAGCGGCAAGUCGAGCUUAUUAUCAGCCUUCCUCAACAGACCUUUCAGCACAACAUAUCACCCAACCAUCAAGCCCGAAAUUGCCGUCAACAGUGUCGAGCUGCCCGGCGGGAGACAAUGCUAUCUCAUCCUGAAGGAACUUGGUGAACUGGAGCCUGCGGUGCUGGAGAACCAGGCCAAGCUUGAAGCCUGCGAUCUUCUUUGUUAUACUUACGAUUCGAGUGACCCAGACAGUUUUGGAUAUAUUGUCGAGAUGCGCAAGAAGUACGCCCACCUCGAGAACUUGCCGGGAGUAUACACAGCGUUGAAAGCAGAUCAAGACAGAGCAGUCCAGAGGAGCGAGCUGCAGCCGGAUACAUACACGGAAGAGCUGCGGGUUCCAAAGCCGCUUCAUGUGAGUGUAACCUGGGCAUCCGUGUCGGAAUUCUUUGUGCAUCUUGCCGAAAGUGCGACGUUCCCAUCGACGGCAUUUCCUAAGAACGAGGAAUCGGAUGUGGAUCGAACAAAUUUGUACAUUGGCAUCGGAGCGGCAGUGUGUGCUGGGGCGGCUCUGGCCAUCAUGUGGAGGAAGAGCAUAGCUGCGAGCAACUGA